AUUUCGUCCGGUGAUGGCUACCUCGGGCAGACAUGGACCCCGACCCCAACCUAUGGCCAGCACAACUCUUCUUCUUCCUUUUCCUCAUCGCCCCCUACACCCAUGGCUGACGCCGCCCGCCUGCAGAAGCUUCUGUCGCGCAUACCCCAAGUUGACGCGUCGCACGUUCAGGGCAACCUACCCACUGCGGACAAGCAGGUCAUCGCGAGCAUCUUCCGUUUCUUCAUCACCGGUGGGGCAACGCCAAGCGCCUUUGCCCGCAGCGUUGGCGAGCGGUCGGAGGUUGUAGAGAUGAAUAUCUUUGAGAACCCAGAGAGGGCAGAGGUCGUACUGGAGGUCGAAGUUACUCAAGAUAUGUGCAAUGCGUUUGGAACGCUGCAUGGGGCGUGUGGGGCGUUUCUUCUUGACCACGCUACCUUAGGUACCUUUGUCCUGCUUGGGCGUGUCAAGGCUUUCGAUGGAGUCGGGAUGACCACGACCAUGAACCUACACUGGCAUACACCCGCCACCGCCGGCGAGGUCAUCACCAUCCGUGCCUCUACGCUCUUCGUCGACCGCCGCCAACGCGGUGCCCGGGUCGCACGCUGCGAGAUUCGGGAAAAAACCACAGGGAGGCUGGUUGUCAGCGGUACGACGGGCGGCGCCAACAGCGGAGGGAAGCUUUAG